AUGGUAAAUGAUAAUUCAAGAUGUGGGGGAAAACACGAGGAGAAAGGUGGUGGUUCAGAGUAUCAGGAAGAUCAUCGUAACUUCGAUGAGGAAAAGGGUGACAAGGGUUACAAAGUCUUCCAUGAGUUCGACAAAGGUGAGAAGGGUCACCACGACAAAGAGGAUCACAAGAAAGUGUACGACGAGAAGAAGGGGGAAAAAGAGAAGAAACACGAAGAGGAAGAUCACUACGAUGAAAGUCACCAGGAUGAAGAAGGCGACAAAGGUGCAAAAUUCGACGAGGAGGGCAAACAUCAGAAAGGUUACAGUACCAAAGGAGAGCACAGUGUCUUCAAGAAGGAUGAAUAUGAAAAGAAGCAUGAUUUUUAUGAUGAAUACCACGAGGAUGGGGAACAUGAGAAACAUGGCGGAUAUCAUCACGAACAUGAGGGCAAGAAAGGUGGACACGAGAAGAAGGGACACACAGAUUCUGCUCGACGCGAGCAUCAUCAUGGUAAGAAGAAGCAUCACGAGGAGGGCCAUCAUCAUCGUAAGCAAAAAGGUCGAAAGCUCGAUGAAGGUCACAACAGUCAUCAUCAACAUGACAGAAAAUAUGGAAAGAAGGGUGGACACGAAUCGGGGAAGAAAUGGUUCGCCAGCAGUGGUCAUUAAAUUCUUAAAUGACGAAGUAUGUCUUUUUAAAUAUGUAUCACAUAUAAUAAUUUAUGCUUGACCAAUUACAGCCAUGAAUAUGGAUUUAAUUUUACUAAUGUGCAAAUAUGAAUUCUUUAAAAGAUUGAUUCUACAACUAGUCAUAAUGAUGAAUAUUUAAAGAAACUUAUUUCUACAUUGGAAUUUUUUAAAAAUAAUAUUGUUUAAAAUAAUAUUAAGAAUAUAAGAAAAAAAUAAAAAAAAGGAGAAAAAAAAUAUAUUACAAAAAA